CAUCUUAAAUGCUUGAGGGCCCAUUGCUGUUCACAGAAUUAGCUCUAGGCAUGUCUCACUUUUAUGCUGCCUCGGCGGCUGUGGGCAUAUGGGCGGCGUACAAGGGGCUUUAUGUGAAGCCUUGACCCUCCAUGCCUUUUCUCAGGAAUGCGUGCCUUGAUUAAGGGAUACACUCUGUAUUUUGAGUAAAAGGCAGUUGUGAUAGAUUCGUCAUUUUGUGUGCUGAAAAGCGGGUGGGAUUUCGGCUACAGUUGUCCCACUGGGUGUGUCCUACCAGUGCCACUUUGAUGGGCAAAUGUUUUGUCGAACUUGCCUGGGAUCCCAGCAAAAUGAAGUGCCCUGUCAUGUGUUCGUGCUCCAAAACUACUAGCCUAUGGUCAUACACAUGAUUUUCUGUCUCUAAAACUAGCCUAUGGUCAUGGACAUGGUUUUCUGUCUGGUAUCUACGUGUUUUUAUGUUCCAAAAGGGUUUCCCUAUUGUGGACUCUGGUCUGGUCAGCGAUUCUGUUCUUCUAAACUUCUUGAUGCGCUAUCGCAUUAAGACCAUGGUGGUGUCUCCCUGAUUUGAACUCGCAAGAUUAAAGCUAAUGAGAGUUGAGCAGUAGCAUAAAAUAUGACGGUUCAAAAAGCUUGUGCAUGAAAACGAGACUAGAUUCAUUCCGGAGCAUUAGAAUCGAUGCUGGUCGGAAGGCGAUAAGCAGAACACGUCAGCUAGUUUGCUGGAUGUGUUUAUCAAUCAAUCAAGUGUCAGAAAAGAAGAGCCCAUCAAUCAUCAGUCGCAUUGGAAAAAUAAAUGCGUCUUUCUAGUAGUGCUCUCUCCCACAACGGACGUCUACUCUGCUCCAGCCCAGCCGGCAUCAACUUAGUCCUUUUCCUCAUCUUCACUUCUUUUAACAGCCCACGUUAACUAAUUCAUCCUCAUCGAUCUCUCAUAUUAACAACCCAAAUUAAAAAAAAAAAAGAAAAAAAGAAAAGAAAGAAGAAAUGGCGGACCAGUUCUCAAAAUCAGUUGAGUUUGGUCUGAAGCUAUCCAAGAGAAUUUUCUACGGGAAAGAGAGUUCGGCACCGGCGCCUGCGGUAAUGGAGAGAAAGUCAGAGACUAAUUGGCCGCUCUUGCCUACGGGGCCGAUGGUUUAUGCAGUGAUAUCAGAGCCGUCAAUGGUGGAUAAUCCUGACAUACCCAGCUACCAGCCGUACGUUCAUGGCAGGUGCGAGCCCCCGGCGUUGAUUCCGCUGCACAUGCAUGGAGUGGCCAUGGAGGUUGACUGUUAUUUGGAUACUGCUUUUAUAACUGUCACCGGUACUUGGCGGCUGCAUUGUGUUACUGCUAGUAAAAGCUGCGACUGCCGCAUCGCUGUCCCAAUGGGCGAAAAGGGUUCAAUUCUAGGUGUUCAAGUUGAAUGCCCUCUGAGAUCGUACUCUACACAAUUGACAACAUUGGAGGAAGACAGAGAAGCAGAUAAAGCUAAAGAUGGCUUCUUGUUGAAAGGCCACAUAUAUACUUUGAAGAUUCCUCAGGUUGAUGGAGGAUGUACGCUUUCAGUCAGGAUCAGUUGGUCCCAGAAAUUGUUGUGCCAAAAUAAUCAAUUGUGCCUCAAGAUACCGUUCACUUUUCCCCAGUACGUCACCCCUGUUGGGAAGAAGGUGUCUAAAAUUGAAAAGAUACUGUUGAAUGUGAACUCUGGUAUUGCGGUGGAGAUUUUCUGCAAAAGUUCUAGCCAUCCUUUAAAGCAAGUAAGUCGCCAAGCUGGAAAACUACAAUUUUCAUAUGAGAGGGAAGCUUCUAUGUGGUCAAUAAAUGACUUCAGUUUCAUAUACAGUGUUUCUUCAAAUGACAUAGUUGGUGGUGUGCUCUUGCAGUCACCUCCUCUGCAUGACUUUGACCAGAGAGACAUGUUUUGCUUUUAUCUGUACCCUGGAAAUACUAAUAACAGGAAGGUUUUCAGAAAGGAAGUCAUAUUUGUAGUUGACAUAAGUGCGAGCAUGAGAGGAGACCCUCUGGAUAAAGUCAAAGCUGCAGUGCUAACCGCACUGUCCAAGCUAAACCCAGCAGACAGUUUUAACAUUAUUGCUUUUAAUGGUCUUAGCUUAUUGUUUUCAUCGUCCAUGGAGCUGGCAACCAAGGAGGUGAUUGAAAAUGCUAGUCAAUGGAUUGCUAAUAAUGUUGUAGCAGAUGGCAGUACAAAUAUUUCACUUCCCCUAAGUCAGGCACUAAAGAUGAUGUCGAAAGCUGGCGAUUUGAUUUCCCUUAUAUUUCUCAUUACUGAUGGGAGUGUUGAAGAUGAGCGAGAUAUUUGUGCUAUCGUGAAACAUCAAGCCAUGGAGGGAGGCUUUAAUUCUCCUCGAAUUAACACAUUGGCAAUUGGUUCAUAUUGUAACCACUACUUCUUGCAAGUGCUUGCCGAAAUAGGGAGAGGUUAUUAUGAUGCUGCAUAUGACAUGGAUUCAAUUGACUUUCGGUUGGAAAGACUAUUUGAUCAAGCAUCAUCAGUCAUUCUUGCAGAUUUAACCAUUGAUUGUCUUGAACAGCUUGAUUCACUUGAGUUAUAUCCAUUUCAGCUGCCAGACCUGGUGUCCGAAAGUCCAUUACUUGUGUCAGGCAGAUACACUGGGAAAUUUCCUGACUCUGUAAAAUUUCGUGGUACAUUGGCUGAUUUGGAAAAUUAUGUUAUUGAUGCAAAGGUGCAGAAAGCAAAGGAUUUCCCGGUGGAAAGAAUGUGCGCAAAGAGUCAAAUUGAUGCACUGACAGCUAAUGCGUGGCUAUCAGAAGAUAAACAACUAGAGGAGAAGGUUGAGAGAAUGAGCUUGCAGACGGGCGUGCCUUCAGAGUACACCAACUUGGUUUUGCUAGAGACCAAGAAGGAGAAGCAGAUAAGUGAAUCAAGUGGCAAGAAAGUAAUAGUCCUGCGUAGAGUGGGGGCUGGCUUUGGCAGCUUGAAGGCCACUGCAGAGAAUCUUCCACCAGAAACAGCAGAACCUAAAUUGCAUGAAACUUCAGAAAUGAUAACGAAAGCUGCUAGAAAUUUGUGCGGCAGAAUGCUAGAUUGCUGUUGUUGCAUGUGUUUCAUUCAGUUCUGUAGCCGGCUUAAUGACCAGUGUGCAGUGGUUUUGACGCAGCUAUGCACUGCGCUUGCAUGUUUCGGGUGCAUGAAUUUUUGUUGUGAGGUCUGUUUUUCUUGUGACUUCUGCGGUUAAGAAGCCCCGCAAGAAUGUAUAGCUACCCUUCUUUCAGUGUACACUUUAAUGAAGGGUUUUGUGUGUAUAUAACUAUAUAUAUAUAUAUGUAUAUACGCAUAGAUACAUACCUUGACUGAAGACGUUUCGGUUUCUAUGAUGUUCUAUUCGUCGAUCA